AUGGAAGAAAUAGUUCAAAAUGAAAAGAAGAGGAACGGCAUACUGAUGAAUACGAUAUCGCUACCAGGCCUUCUUUUUGUUGGUCUGGUAUUUUUGUUGUUCACCACUGGUAUCACUAUUGUCUCUUUCAUAUCUCCGAAACGAUAUUUAACGACUACACAAGGUCUUUGGAAUUGCUCGAACAACUAUGCAGGUGUUUUUGACAAGAAAGAAUGUAAAGGAUGGGAUUCGUACGCAACAUUAACGAGAAUGGAAGAGGUUACAAAACCAAACGUUUCUAUAGCGUUGGGUCCUUUUGGCCCACUUAAUAAAGAUGUUAACAUUAAACUCCUCAUUAAAAAUGUUUUUACAACAAGUGCAAAGGAGAGUUAUGAAUUCACUCUUGAUUUCGAUUACUCCCUUCAACCAUUUACUGAUAUGAAGUACAUUGCUAGCACCAAUUAUGUGUUGGUCAGAGCACACAAAGUCAACGUGAAAUGCGAAGGAUUGAAUAAGUACUGUGACGUUGACUUUUCACUCUUUAGACGAUUUUCGUCAAGCAUUUACGAGCGAUUUGAUAUAUUUUCAAUGAACUCGACAUCAACAAAGAGUAUGGAAAAGGCGGAAUUUUAUCUGACUAUCGAUACGUACAAUUCGAAAUCGACGAUGUACGAAGUCAUCUGGCGAUUAGUCCUUGUAUUUGCCAAUUGUGUCGUUUUAGUCUUCUUUUUGUGGUCCCUUCGAAAGGUGAUGUUGAAGCAAUGGCCAUUUGAAGAGGUACUUACAGCACUACUGAUCUACGGAUUGAUUUUCUUCAACAACCCGUUCUGUUUCUUAGAAUAUAUGACUCAGGCGUCCUUCUUUAUGAUGGUCAACACAUUCUUUGAGGCGUUCUUCUUAGGAUAUAUGAUGUUCUAUAUACUUGCUUUCUUCAACUUGCUAAGAAGACCAGAGAAGGCAAAAGGAUUCAUUCCAUUGAUCACAAGGGCAGUUAUGGGAAUAGUGAUUGGGUGCACUUCCUUUGGAUCGACCCUUGCAGUCAAAAUGACGGUGAAUUUGAAUAGUCACUUUACCUCAAAUGUGAUGACUAUUGUCUUUGGUAUUUCAUUUCUUCUCGCCAUCUUGGCGUAUUUGUUUUGGUUGGCUUUUGAUGUCAUCCGGUCAUUCUCCGAGAGACGAAAAAUGAGUGGCCCAAACAAGAACAGGACUUUGAUCUUUGGGAUUGUGACAUUUGGCUGUAUUAUCAUUAUAGCGUCGGUCGCUAUUGGGGUCUAUUUCUCGGGAUAUAUGGUUUCAAAUAUGUUCAUUGGUCUUAUGGCAUAUGUGAAUUUGUAUUGCUUCUUCUUAACGAUCUUAUGCCUUCCAUCACAAGAAAACACCGAAAACACGGAAAGUAAAGUGAUAAUGAAGUUGGACACCGAACUUAAAGUCGAACAGUACGACGAUGAUGGGGAAUUGAUCAUUAAUGACACUAACACCGGGAAAGAGGGACAGUUGUAUGAUGAAGACAACGCUCUCAACGUCUCUAAAUUGGAUAAUUGA